AAAAUUAAAAAUAGAAAAAAAACCAAAAUUAAAUAAACAAAAAAUACGCAAUCAGCCGGCAGAUGUCAGUAGUAUCCGAAAAAAUGUUUUCCCAAGAAAAUGCCGCCAUCUGGCGUUAAAUAAAAUUUAAAAUCAGCAGCUAACAGACGGAAAUGGGGGUAACACUGUAGUUGUCUACAAUAGUCUGUAUCAGUGCAUCAAUAAUUAAAUAAAUAUUAACAAUAACUUUCAACAAUAACUUAAAUUUAAAUCCACCGCAAAUAAUAAAUCCAUAAUUUAAAAAUAAAAUAAUUGUUGUGCGUUAUUUAAGUUCAAAUAACUCGCGCCCAAGUCCGGGUGGCAGGUAGCUGGGAGUAGUGAUCAGCUCACAGUAGCUUUGGUGCAUUACGGACGUGACAGCAAAGACUCGGUCAAGUUUAUAAAGAAUCGUCCAUCUCCAUUAAAAAACUCAUCGCUCAUAAAUAAAUAUAUCAAAAAACAAUAUUAAUUUAAUAAAACACCUGGAAAUGGAGCUAUGGACAGAAGCUGGAGAUCUAGGGUUAAUUAAUUAGCUCCACAUGUUUUGGUUACUUUACUUUUUUAUUUUACAUACACAAAUUUUCGCUUGCUAAUGAGUAAAUUCAAGUAUAAAUUAAUAUUAGCAUAGUUAUUAAGAAUAAAUAUGGCGAAAAUCCUAAAUAAGGACCCGGUUACCUAUGAGAGAGAAAGACUGUCGUUUCUCAAAGAACUUCAUCAUUUUCAUGAAACCAGAGGAACCGGGUUUAAAAAAUAUCCUAAAAUUAGCGGCAAUGAAAUCGAUCUUUAUUUACUUUAUCUACUUGUUACUGCACAUGGUGGCUGGAUUAAGGUGAAUACCAGAAACGAGUGGUCGAGUCUCUGCGAGCAGUUUCAUUUACCCAGCGGCUGUGUUAAUAGUGGAGUCGGACUCAAGCAAAUAUAUUUACGGUAUUUAGAUAGGUAUGAAAAAGUCCACUUUCUUGGCGAAGAUGGACAGCAGGCUGAUGACGACGACGAGGAUUCGAGACAUCGGAAAUGGUCCGCGAGAUCACUGCACUCUGUUCCGCUUACUUACAAUCAUCAUCAGCACAAUGUUGCAGAAUCACUCCGUGAAUACAACGGGCUGUCAUCGAACCUCUACAAGCCCUCAAACUACGACAAACUGGCCCUGUCUCUCCUCUCGCCUCUCCCGAACGAGCAGGACUUUGCAAUAAACGUCUGCACACUACUCUCCAACGAGGGCAAGCACACCCUGCGCCUCGACAAGUACCCCCGGCUGAUCAACAUCUUAUUAGCUCACGCCGGAGUCUUCGACUCCCCCGGAACGCGGCACCUCUUCAUCGAAGUCUACUCCCGUGUCCGCAACUACUCGAUCAACUCCUUCUGGUCCGACGUCCUCGACUCUCCCCAGGUCCUGGACCUCACCGACGAGCGGACCUUCAUGAAGAAGCCCACCACCACGUGUCUCAACACCUUCUCCCGUCGCAAGAUCCUCGACAAGAACAAAAAAGACAAAGACAAAGUCCAGGAUCGGGACAAGGACCCAGGCAAGAGCAAGGACAAGAACCGGGACAAAGAUAAAGAUAAACCCCAGGACAAGGAAUGCAUCAACGGCGACGACUCCAUGGAAGUCGAUCCCCCAUCAACCCUAGAGUGUCCAAGACUUACCUCAACGACAUUGUCAUCCCUGUCGACGAUCUCCAGUUACCUGGAUGACAACUGCUACGACCAGAAUCAAAACUCAAUAAUUAAAUUCGAAGACGAGGACCGGGACUUGUUCUGCAUGGGCCGUACCCUGGGUACUCAGGAUCCCUACGGUCAGCGAGUCCUGCAGAUCGCCUCCAUUCUCAGGAACUUGAGUUUCACUCCCGAGAAUGCUGCUAUUUUAGGAAAAAAUCGAUGUUUUUUAAGAUUUGUGCUGUUGUGUGUGCGCGCGAGGUGGAGUAAUUUGCACCAGUUGGGUUUCGACAUCCUGGGUAACAUUUCCGGUGAAAUCGAACUUAAAGAAAUCGGUGAGCGGUUGACAGAAGGAAUAAUAACGUGCAUUGUUCGAGGAAUCGAUUCGACGGAUCGAUUUGUAGUGAUCUCGUGUCUGGAGGUUCUCAAUAAAAUUAGCCAGCAUGACAGCAACGAGGAACUGGUGACGUUUGGCCUAGACGACGAGGUCUUUGAAUUGAUUUGCCGAUUUUUGGCACUGAGUGACAUCGCGCUGCUGGUUUACACUCUCGAGUGCUUGUACGCGCUGACGUCACUAGGGGAGAGACCGUGCACUAGCUUGGCGAGGGUACGUGGUGCUAUUGACACCCUGGUGGCGCUGGUGACGGUCGAGGCGCAGAGCUACGGGCCCAAGGCAUGCAUACUGAUGCGGGUUGUGGAGACAGUGAGUACGUUGGCGACUUCCAGCGCGAGUCAGAGCCAGAGCACGACGAGCACUGCGACAACCACGGCGGUACAGGCAACUCAACCUGUGACCACUCCCGCGGUGACCACGGCGGUGGCGACCCCGAUCCCGGCUCCGGUUGUCAGCCCGGCGACCUCGAGACCCACGACUCCGGCUACGCCUGCGGUCAAAGUUGCGGCUAAUAAAGCUAUAGAGGCUGCUAAUUCGCUGCAGCAGCAGCAUGCGCAUCAGCAGAUUAUACAAGAGAAUGAACAGUUUGCUUUGGGGUGGCUCAGGGCAACCUUUGAACUCGCGCCGGGAGUUAAGAUUGAGCAGGAGGAAUUGUAUAAAAAGUAUUUGAGUUCUUGUACUAAAAUUGGACGACGUGGGGUUAUUGCGCCGUUACAUUUUCCACGUUGUGUAAGAUCAGUAUUCGGUGGAACGAUCGGACCGAACCCCCUGAAAGGAGAGAACAGCAGCACGCAGUACUACGACGGGAUCCGGGUCCGCGCGAGCCCAGCUCCUAUUACAUAUCCAAGCCAGUCGUCGUCGCCCGCUCCAGUGACAUCCUCAUCAACACCAGCAGCAGCAAAGGUGCUACAACAAAUACAACAGCGUACAGUCACUAAAAGUCCUGCACCCGACAGCACGGCCCCCGAUACCAAUUCAUCCAAGACAAUUAAUCAACCAACCACCAACUCCACCGUCCAGACUCCCGCGUCUCCCAUACUAAAGGCCCACUUGUCAGCCCCACCGAAACCGACACCCAACGCGACUAUCAACCAACCCCAGAUUAUUACAAAGGUUGAUUCCAAAAGUCAGGUGUCAGUCACUCAUCCUCACCUGAGCCAGGCUUUACUUGCCAGCGGAUCCCAGCCUCAGCAGCAGAACCAACAUCAACCUCAGCUUCAACUUCAGACUCAAGCUCAGGUUCAGAGUCAGGUUCAGACUCAGGUCCAGAACCAGACUCCCCAGCAACUGAUUCAGGUGGUGACGAAAGACGAACGUGGUACCACGUCAAGUUCAAUAAUAAAAAGCCUAUUGGCUACAAAGGUAACGGUCAGCGGCGACUGCAUGCCCAGCGCCGCUGCAACCUGUGUGUCUACUUCGAAUGCCUGUGUAACAAAUACUACUAGCAUCCAAACAACCAUCAGUGCCAACCAGCUAACAAACAACCAGGUCGCUCAGAGACAACAACAGCAAAGAUUGCUUCAGCAACAGAUGGCGACACCAACUACUUCUACUGCAACGACGCCCUCUACAGUUGUUCUGAAAACCCCAGGGAAACAAAGGGCGAACAAAAAAGUCCAGCGGCUUAAUGGAACAAAGAUUGUUACUAACAAUUGUGAAAAGAUGGAAGUCAACGACGAAACGGUGACAUCCAGCACUUCAGUGAUCGUAGUCUCAACAAUGACCGAUAACCAUAUCACCCAAAAAGUUUGCCGACCUCCAAUAACCCCCAAGUUCUUGAAUCAAAAAACCUACACCCCGCCCGUGACCGAGGACUCUGAUUCCACCAACAACUCCCUGGCAUCCAGCAGCGGUAUCGGAAGCCGCGACUGUUCCGGUGCCGCCGAAGAGAAUUCGAUCACGAGCUUCGAAGGAAUUUUACAAAACGGCGCCACUGACCUGGACCAGGACAGCAGUUCCAAGGAGUCCAGUGUAAGUUCCCGCGGGAAACAAAAUAUAAUGCUAGCAGAUUUACUGGAACGCAAAGUCGACAAGGAGACUCUGGUCAACGGAGUCUUAAACCGAAACUCAUUAGAAAAAAUAAGCGGAUUUGAUAAUCAUGUCAAGAAAUUAAAAGAAUCUCCAGAUGAUAUUAAAGACAAGGAUGUCAAGAUUAAAGUAGAGUGUGAAGAAUCCGGGAUGUCAAUUAAUGAUGAUACCAUGAUAGAGGCACCGCGUAUCAAACGAUCUGCCAGCGACGCUGAUGAAAAUUCCAUUAAAAAGGUCAAGUACUCGAAUGGAACCAGUACUUGGCCAGAGACAGACAGCGCCACCGUCGAGUCCACAGUCUCGUCGAUAAAGUCCGAGGACGAUGAUAAAGAAGAAAAAUUAACUGUUUCAUCGACUGCUGCUAACUUGUACGCAGCCCUAGCAGCAGACAUAAUCGAAGACGAGACAGACCUCGAGGAACCAGUGAAAGAAGAGCCUAGAUUUCCUGAGCAACUGGUCCAGCAGCAGGUUCACGUCCAGGUUCCUCAGCAGCACGUCCAGCCCCAGCAGCUGAUCGUCGCAGCUCCUAGACAAAUUGUCGUCCAGGCGAACAAUCAAGUCCUUAGUAACCUGAUCCCGGGACAGAUGAAGACCCGGACAACGCAGCCCCAAGUUCUUUUGCAGCAAAGUGCUGGUGGUCAGCUGCAGUACGUAGUCUCUGGUGGUGUCCCAGGUCAGAAUUAUGUGCUGGCCCAGUCUCAGACGGCCCUGGUCCAGGGUCAGGCUCAAACAGUUCUCGUCGCGCAGACGACCCAGCAGCAGGGAACCGGUGCCAAAACGAUCAUAAUUCUCCAGCCCCAGGCUGCUCAAGCUGGAGGUCAUCAGAAAGUCGUAGCCAUGACCCCACAGGGUCAGCAAGUCGUUGUGACCCAGAUGCCUCGGCCGAUAUUACAGAGCUCGGGUAUCAGCAACGUCCCGCCUCCAUUAGUACCGACCUCUGCGACGAUACAGAACUCGAUUAUCGUCAACACUUCGAUUGUAACGCAGAGUAACCCCAAUACUGUCACUGUAACUAUUCCUGCCAUGACACAACAGUGCCCAGUUACCAGCAGUCUACCGUCCAGAGUUGUCACUCCUACGCCUGCGUCAACUCCGCCGCCUACUAGACCGACGACACCCCACCAGGCUGCGGUUACCAACGUCAAGGUAAAGAACAAAACAACAACGUCGACUUGUACUGCUGUUGGUAAUGAAGACAAACCCUCAACCAGUCAGAGCAACCUAGCGGAUAAAGUUGUCAUCAAGUUGGACCCCAAUUCUUUUCUCUGCGAGUGGAGGGGAUGCUUGAAGCAAUUCAAGACUGCGCAUGAAGUUUAUAUGCAUGGCUGUGAAACUCACUGUCCGACGGAUGCUGAGGAAGUGGUCUGUCUCUGGGCCAGCUGCGAUGGCUUGAAGAGAAGGAGGUUCUCUUUGAUGACUCAUCUGUAUGACAAGCAUUGCAAUCCGGAACGCAUGGCGUUUUUGAGAAGGAAAAAUUUAGCAGCGAAUGGUAAAGCAGAAAUAUCGACAUCGACGACAACACCUACGGCGGCAGCAUCAGCAGCAGCGACGGCUUCACACCCAGGAUACGCGCCCAAUGCUGCGCUCCAUGCGAUAAAACGUCACGCCCUAGAGUUCAUAAAUCCCAAGGAAUUGAUGCAAAGGCCCAGCAAGCCGGCUGCUGCUGCAACUACCGUCAGUUCUUCUCCUCGACCUGGUCAAAAUUCUACACCGGAACAGGAUGACAAUGAGGGUCCAGUUACUAAAAGUAUUCGCCUAACGGCAGCUCUAAUUCUCAGAAACCUAGUCAUAUAUUCUGCACAUGGUCGAAGGCAUCUCAGAGCGUACGAGCCACACCUAGCAGGUGUCGCCCUCUCUAACGUCGAGUCAUCUCGAACAAUAGCCCAAGUUCUCUACGACAUGAAUGAACAAAGUAACGGCAGUAAUAGGUGACCUUUUCAUUAUUGUUAUCAUACCUAAUUUAAUUUUUCCAAUCAUAAUUAAUUAAUGAACCUAAACAUAAACAUAAACAUAAACACUGUGAGCAGCGAUCAAUAAUAACAUUUUUUAAAAUACAAUUAUUAUUAUCAAUUGACUAAUUAAUUAAUUAAUUAAUUAGUUAAUUUAAUGAUUAAUUAAUAAGAGUACAUAGAAAGCUUAUUAAGUGUAUAAAUAAUAAUUAAUUAAUUAAUUAAUUACAUAAACAAAAUGAUCAAUGUCAUAGACAAUUAAGUAUUAAAAUAAAUUAUAAUUGAAACAAUGAGGCCUAUUAACUUAUUAGGCAUUAAUGAUUGCCAAUAAUUAUUGUUUUUUAGGUUAAUGUUAAUUAAUUAAUUAAUUCUGAGUUUAGUGUCAUAAAUUAAUUUUUUUAUAAUGAUAUUGACAGUUACUAUUUUUUUUACUCAUUCAUUUUUCAAAAUUAUUUAUUUGAGGUCAUUGAUAAGAAAAAAUUUUGAGGUUUGUUUUGGGAGCAGGUUAGGGUUCAAUUCAAAUUACGAAAAUUUACUGUCGCCGGUAAUUAGUUUAUAUAUAAAUAUAUGUUUUUUAUAUUGGUAAUUAUGGAAAGUCUUCUCAGAGAGUAAUGGCGGUCGUUUCACCCCCACUCUUAAAAAUUUGUCUAGUGUUUUGCUAUUGCUUAAUGGUUACGAUGGAAGCCGAAGAUUCCCGAGGGGAAACGCGGAAUCUCUGGGAAAACUUUUUCUAUUGUUUUUGAGGUUACGUUUAGGAGGAAAUUGAUUUUUUGUACUGAGGAAAAUAUGAAUUUUUAUAUUUUUUUUGAGGUCGAUUUUUGUAAUUUAUUUUUUGAGGUUAAAAUUUUUUUUUAAUUCAGGGUUUUCUUAAACACCGCCCCUUCUCUUCUUUUUGUAGGGUAAAGUAUUGACUAAUUUUUUAAGAGUGGGGGUAAAAAACUGCAGCGACUUUUUUUUAGUCUAAUUUUCAAAAAAGUGGUGGGGGAACUGUCCUUCGAAAGCAACAAUUUUUUUUAAGACCAUAGAUCUUUACCCGUACUUUUAGAAAAGUAGUUUUCCGCCAUUUGUUAACGAUAACAUUCGAACCCGAGUACUCCCGAUUAUUCCCGAAAGCGGUUUUCGGAACCGAUACUCAAAAUUUUUAAAUAAUUUUCUCGAAAUUAAUUUUUAUACCUGAGUAAGUUUACCGUAUCCUCCACCACUACACUUUUUAUUUGCGCAUGCGCAAAUUUUAUGGUAGAGAAAUAGGAAAAAAUUUCCCCUGCGACUAUACAAAAAUACCGCCAUCUCUAAUACUUUUAUUUUUUUAUUCAAAUUAAAAAUUUUCUCCAAAGCCCCCCUCUAUUACUUUCCCCCACUCUUUUCUUAUAGCAGCCGCGCAUGCGCAGUAAAAAAUGGCGGGAAAUUUUUGAAUUCUACCGGUUGUAUAGUAAAGGGGGAAAGAUUAAUGGCGCGUAAAAAUCCUUCCCAACUGAAAUUCAAAAAUUCAAAAAAAAAAACCGCCAUCUUAAAAAUUUUCACUAUCCGACCCAAAAAAAAUUCAAAAAUCUCAAAAAAAAACCUACCCCCCCCAAUUACUUUCCCCCACUCUUUCUCACCCUCACCACUGGUGCGCAUGCGCAGUAAAAAAUGGCGGGAAAGUAAUGUUUUUACCCGGCGACUUUGAAAUUAAAAAUUACCCUUAAUUUUGUUAAUAUCUUAAGUAAGUAAAUGAUCAGACGUAAAUUGCAUUUAUAUUUUUUUAAAUUUAAAUAAAAGUACUAUCUAUAAAUCGUAAUUAUAAGAUCGUAUGUAAAUUACAUACCUGUAAAUAAAUUAAUAAUCACUUUCAUGUAAUCAUUAGCUGUAAUAAUGCUCGGUAAUUUUUUUUCAAUAACAAUCUUGUGUAUAGAUUUAAUAAUAAUAAUAAUAAUAAUAAUAAUUAAUAAUAAUUAAUAAUAAUUAAUAAUAAAAUUAUCGCAACACAAUUUUGUAAUUAUUUAACCGUGUAAAC